CCACGUCUGUCAUGUUGCCGUACAUUGUAUUUUAAAUUAACCCGCUACUUUGCCGCCAUAUUUACAUCUGAAAUCUGAACAUCGUUAAGCGUGGCUAAUCACACUAGAAAAAGGAAAAUGAGCAGCUCAGAGGAAGUCUCUUGGAUCUCAUGGUUUUGUGGUCUUAGAGGCAAUGAAUUCUUCUGCGAGGUCGAUGAAGACUACAUUCAAGAUAAAUUUAACCUAACUGGCUUGAAUGAGCAAGUUCCACACUACCGACAGGCUCUAGACAUGAUCUUAGACCUAGAGCCAGAUGACGAACUCGAUGACAACCCAAACCAGUCGGACCUCAUUGAACAGGCUGCAGAGAUGCUCUACGGCCUCAUCCAUGCUCGCUACAUUCUUACAAACCGAGGCAUCGCCCAGAUGAUAGAAAAGUACCAAGCUGGUGACUUUGGUCACUGCCCCAGAGUCUACUGCGAGAGUCAGCCUAUGUUGCCGAUUGGCUUGUCAGAUGUUCCUGGGGAAGCGAUGGUGAAGUCGUAUUGUCCUAAGUGCAUGGAUGUGUAUACACCCAAGAGCUCACGCCACCACCACACAGACGGAGCCUACUUCGGGACUGGGUUCCCUCACAUGCUAUUCAUGGUUCACCCAGAGUACAGGCCUAAGCGGCCCUCGAAUCAGUUUGUGCCCAGGUUGUACGGUUUCAAGAUUCACCCAAUAGCUUACCAAAUCCAACAGACGGCUGCCCUUAAUUUCAAGACCCCACUGCGACUCAGCUACAACAACGGCAAACGUUAAGGGAUUCUAAUAGCAAGACCUUGUUUCUGAAAUUACCCAUUGAUGAAUAGUAAUUCUACAUGGGGGCAUUACCUUGUUUUUUUCCAACUUAAUUUCGACGUUGCAUCUGCGUCUGGCAGGGUACGCCGCUGCAUUCCUCUUAAAGGAACUAUUCCAGACACCUAACCCAGUGUAAAUUUGCCAAAAAGGUUUGCUCUGGCCUGCCUUGUCAGAUUCACAGAGUGACCAUCACUUCCAUCUAUUUCGGUUUGCGAUUAAAAUAUUUCCAAAUCACUUCUACUACAUUUCAGUUUCAAAGCGCCCCAUUUAAAUAUUAUAAUCGAUCCUGUUAAUUAUCUCUUCAAGUUGUGCAUGCCUGUUUGGGAUGUUGCGUUAAGCGUUUUACUUUGAAAAUAUCUGUGCAUUUGUGUCUUGCGACAUCCCUCGCCGAGAGAGUGGUUCCAAUUUGAUAUCUCGCGGUGCUAAUUAGCACAUUGGUCCCAUUUCACACAGGACAGUCGGUUACUUAACAGAAUUAAGAUUUGUACGCGCCCACCUGACUGUUCCUGCUUGAGUUUGAGCGGUUCCGUUUUCUUCUGGUUAAAUGUUGGCAGAGAGGAUGCGUGUUUUUUAUUCGGGAGGUUGAACAUUCUUUAGAGUGGUGCACUGCCAAAGAAUAUUCAAUCUCACAAGAAUUCAUUUUGUGGUAACGUGUGAAAUUUCGAGUGCUGAGAUUGACCAAACCAUGGGCUCAAGAUUUUGUCAAUGGCUCAGUGCGAAGUAUAACAUUCUGCAGCUCAGAAGUGUUGGAUGAACGAACUAUAAAUGUAUCAAUAAGAAAAAAUGUAAAUCUGCAUUUGCACCUCUUGGUAAGGAUAAAAGAUUUUUCUUGGACAAAAGCAAAUGCUUAGUUCCACCAGUAGAUGCCAACUCAUUCUCAUUAUGAUCUUUGAAAUCUCUGUUGUCUUUUUCAUUAAAAAAAUGCUGGUGUUUGCUGCGUUGAGAAAAAUCCAUGUUAAAAAAUAGAUGGAAAUUCGUUGAUGACGUCAUCAUUAACUGAAAUCUUGUACGUUUAGGCUUUAAUUAAUAAAUUUCUUGAAUAUGAUAAUUUAA